AUGGGCAAAUCAAGUUCCAACAUGGGACAAGUGUAUCAAAAAUCAGAAUACUUGUCCCAACAUGUCUCUAUUCAUUCUAGAGAAGAAGAUGAUAUUGAGAAUUUGACAAAAACAACAAAAAAGAGUAAAAGAGGAGUCAACAAGAAAGUUCUUAAAGUUCUUUUAAUAGAACAUAAGACAUUGUCCAAGUUUCAAUAUAUUGAUCAUACAGAGAGGGGGAUCAGGGGAAUAAUGGAAGGAAGAAGUCCCAAAGUCUUAUGUCUGCUGCCAACCGGGACAAAAAAGCAUUGCUUCCAACAAAGACCCUGAAUCUAGCAAAAAGCAGGAAGACAUCAAGCAACCAAGUCUCCUUCCAUUGUAGGAAAAACUAAAUGGAAAUUGGUUCUCCCAAUUCCAUGGGAUUGAACGGGAAUUGGAAUCCCAAUUCCAAGAUAUCAAACAACGGAGAAUGUGUAUGCGGGAAUGCAAAAUAUGAGAGGAAAUUUAGAAUUAUGGUACAUUAUACCUUGAAAUCAAAUAUCAAUCAAUGUUAAACUUUGAUAUUUGAUGCUUAUGGAUGUUUUGGUAAACUUUGAUGGUU